UCGUGAGAAGUCGCACAACUUCGGCAAAGAGAAAACGGGAGGUAGAAUCAUCACAUUUUUUCUGCAGCACCUGAUGCAGGGUAAAAUGCUGAAAGUGCUUACUCUUCUGCUUGCUGCAGUAGCACCAUACGGCUCCUGUACAUCAUUGGAGCUUCGGUUCACCCCACAAGAUCUGACUCUGUUGAAAGGGGCAUCUACUAGUAUUCUUCUGUCCCUAAAGAAAUCACCUGAAAAUGCAACUAUUGAAAUCUCUGCAGAUCAUGCAGAUCUGGUAUACAUUUAUCCAUCCACCAUAACUGUUAUUGAAGGGAAUGUAUCUGAGGCAUGGACUGUGAAUGUGACAGCUGUGGACGUUGGUCGAGCACUUGUUGCAGCAAAUACAUCUAGCUCAUUAAUUGAUGUAACUGAAGCCUUCGUGAGGCUCACUAUUCAGCAUUCAGAUUUCCUUUAUCAUGCCAGCAUUGUUGUUGGAUGGGUAUAUUUUGCAGCUUGGUCGAUAUCUUUCUAUCCACAAAUAUACAUUAAUUGGAAGAGGAAGAGUGUUGUGGGUCUCAAUUUUGACUUUCUGUCAUUGAACAUACUUGGUUUUAUUUUAUAUUCACUUUUCAACUGCGGUCUGUAUUGGAUUCCUGAGGUGGAGGAGGAAUACUUCAAACUUUAUCCUAAAGGACUGAAUCCUGUACAAGUAAAUGACAUCGUAUUUGCCCUUCACGCAUCAUUUGCGACAUUCAUCACCAUAGUUCAGUGCUUCAUCUAUGAACGAGGUGACCAGACAGUUUCCAUCACGGCACGGGUUAUACAUGGCAUAUUUGCACUUUUCUUGUUCAUAAGUGUAAUCCUUGCAGCUACAUUGGUCAUUACUUGGCUUGACUUUCUGUAUUAUUGUUCCUACGUUAAACUGGCUAUUACUCUUAUAAAAUAUGUUCCACAGGCUUACAUGAACUACAAACGCAAGAGCACAGUGGGGUGGAGCAUUGGAAACAUCUUGCUGGAUUUCACUGGAGGAAUGCUGAGCAUGCUGCAAAUGAUUUUUAAUGCCUACAACUACAAUGACUGGAAUUCGAUAUUUGGAGAUCCUACAAAAUUUGGGCUGGGUCUUUUCUCAGUGAUAUUUGAUAUUUUCUUCAUUAUACAGCACUAUGUGCUUUACCGAACCCGUGGAUAUGAAAUCGUGGCCGGGACCACCACCACCUCAUCCAGCAGUGAACCAAUUAGUGCAUGACAGUGCACUAGCUCAUAAAUUCGAGGUGUGAUCAUUUUAGUUUUACUUGCUUGCUCAUGAUUAAUUUUGAAUUAAUCUCAGUAUUAAUGCAAAUUCUAACUGCACUUAUGAUGACUCUCAAGAAGUAUUGCAAGUGUCUAAUGUGAUGUGAAUUAUUUAAUUGCUGUGAUCUCUCAAAAUAUUUUAUACAGGAAUAUUUCAUUAUUACCACAUAUCAGACAAUUAAAUUGUAGUAAUUUAGGGCUCAUUAUAUUUAUUUAGUUGACAUUGUUAGUUUCUUGAAUUUAAAAUUAGAGUGUUUUUGUGGAUCUGAUACUUCAGUUUUUAUAUGAAUUUAUUGUACAUUACUAGGUAAUUUCUGUUUGAAAUAAUGUGCCACUGAUGUUUAUUAUGGAAAAAAAUAUUGUGUGUAGGAUACGAAAAAUGUGCUGCAUUGAAGUUCCUUAGUUUUUUCAAACAAGUGUUCCUUUGUGAUGUAUGUAGCCACAUAAGGUGACUGUUGAAUGUAUGUGAGUUGCAUUUGUGCAAAUUAUGAUAGUUUCAUUAAGACAAGAGAAUUGAUGGUGCUAAAUUUUUCAUGUAAUCUUGACUACUGGAUAUCAUUGUAUUCCAGAAUUAAGACUGAACGUGAUGACUAAAGCCCAGAUUUCUCAGCACAAUGAAAUAGUAAAAUAAGUGGGAAACAUGUUGAAAAUAAGCAAAAAUGAACACACACAAAAGAUAGUUUCACAGAA